UAAAAAUUAGAUACUCGGGAUAUCUCUGAAGUUAUUUUUGGCACAUACAAGUGAAAGAUUAGGUGAAAUGACAGUUUGAUUUGACCUGUUGACCCGACCAAAGUCCACAGAUUGCAGUUACAGUCAUCAAAAAGUGACCAAAGAGAAGAAAUAUGGCAGAAAGUGUUGUUGAUAUCAUCAAGGGUAUUCUUAAAUGCCUUGUUCUUGUGGUAUACUACUGGAUAGUGGCAAUUCUUAAAGCCAUUUUACCAACAAACAUGCAAGCAAAAGAUGUUUCUGGAGAAACUGUGCUCAUCACUGGAGCAGGGAGUGGUAUUGGACGGCUGAUGGCUGUGCGUUUUGCAAAGCUCAAGUGUCGUCUUGUGUUAUGGGAUGUUAACCAGAAAGGCAAUGAGGAAACAUUGUCCAUGUGUAGGGAAUAUGGUGUCACAGCGAAGGCAUAUAAAAUUGACCUCUGUGAUAGAGAUGAUGUGUUUAAUGUAGCAAACAAGGUGAAAGAAGAAGUUGGUCAGAUUGACAUUCUUGUAAAUAAUGCUGGCAUAGUGACAGGAAAGAAAUUCCUUGACUGUUCAGACACAAUGAUACAGAAAACCAUGGAAGUUAACACAAUGGCUCAUUUCUGGACUGUGAAGUCAUUUCUGCCAGAUAUGAUAAAGAGAAAUCAUGGACAUAUUGUCAACAUUGCUAGUUCCGCUGGGCUUGUAGGAGUUACGGGCCUUGCUGACUACUGUGCCAGUAAGUUUGCUGCAGUUGGCUUUGAUGAAUCAUUAAGAUUUGAACUAGAAUCCCUGGGAAAAGAUGGUAUCUAUACAACUGUGGUUUGUCCAUUCUUUAUCAACACCGGCAUGUUUGAGGGGGCAAAGACAAGAUUUCCCUUGCUGUUACCAAUAGUAGAGCCAGAAUAUGCUGCAAAUAAGGUUGUUGAUGCCGUGUUAUGUAACCAGGCAAUGCUGCUGAUACCUAGAAUUUUAUACUUCUUUUUCGCUAUCAAAGGAUUUCUGCCAACAUCAUGUCUACAUGUCAUCAGUAAACAUCUAUGCAUCAAUAACUGUAUGGACGACUUUAAAGGGAGACAGUCUAAACUGGACUAGGAUACAAUUCAUGGUCCAUGGAAGCCACUUAUUUGUGAUAGUUUACUUUACAUAUUUUGCACUAUUCAUUAUUGUUGAGUCAGAGACUCGAAAGAUACUUGUGAUUUUUUUUUUCAGUGUAACAAAAUAGGUGUAACAUGACUUCUGAGAGCAUAAUGCAGAUUGUUUGGUAAUUAAAAGAUUGCCUUUUGUAGAAAAAAUAUUCUGUCUUUAUCUAAUGCCAAAGGUGGAGUGGUAUGGUUUCUGUGUUGUCUGUCCAUCCAGCCAGAGCUAUAUUUAAGGUGUUGCAUAUAUAGGAUAUUUAUAGUUAUCAGACAGGCUAGUUAGUACAUAAUUACUAUCUUCGUUUUGAUUUUUCAUUUCAUGUUGAUCAGAAGUGUUUCCAUGACAGUCAUUUGGUCAUUUAAUCAAUGGGUAUAGAAUAUUUAUAGCUAUCAGAAAGGCUAGUCAGUAUAUAUGUAUCUUCUUUUUUUUCAUAAUUCAUAAUAGAAAUCAAUCAAUUAACCAAUCAAUCCUCAGCCAAUCAAUCCGGUAUGACAUUGCCGUCUAGCCCAUCAUUCUAGCUGGCAUUUGAUUAUUUCACCAAAUCCCUAGAUAUUCAUUAAACAGAACAGAAUUGAAAUUUAACAAACACAUUUUCUUAAAGGCAGUUGAUAAUCAUAAAAAUAUAAAUACAUGCUUGUGAAACAGUGGGACUAUAUACAAAUGCUUGAUGACAUCAGUUCUUCAGUGUGCAUUAAAAAUGUAUAUGCAAGUAUAUAGGCAAAAUCCUGUAUCCAUAGGUAUAUCAAUAGGAAUGUAACAAAAAGAAGAUACCUCAUUAAUUGUAAGCAAAAUUAUAUAAGGUAUGUACAUGUAUUUGAAAUAUGUUUAGCACUGUAUAUCACUUCAUUUUGGCAGCGGUUUUAUUUUGGUGCUUUUGGCAGUCAAGGUCAUUUGUGUCAAAAUAAAUCUCCUCUGAUUUAAGAACGUUCCAGGGGUGAUAAAAUUCCGGAUAAACUUUGUAUCUUCCUCCACCAUGAAGAGCUUUAAAAUCACCAUAUGACCUGAAUUAUGUCAAAAAUACUCUAAACCCAACAAAAAAAUUGUUUCGGACCAAUAGCUGGAGCCGGCUUUGGUGUUUGGUCAUCAAACUUUCUUCUUUUGACGGUCAGGAUUGCAGCAUACUAGAAACUUGAAAUUCAAAAUUGGUGCACCAUGUCACCUUCUGAAGGUCACCAAGGAAACAACAUAUGCAUGUUUUACAAGCAGCUCUUAUUAGCUCGACAAAUCAAAGAAUAGGGGAGCUAUCCUACUCGCCCCCGGCGUCGGCCUUUGCGUUAAAGUGUUGAAGUUUGCGUACCACCCCAAAUAUUUCCAAAGUCCAUUGAGGUAUUGCUUUGAUAUUUUGCAUACCUGUUAACCAUCAUGACCCCAGUCUGUAAAAAGGAGGAAGCAACUCUAUCAAGCAUUUUGACUGAAUUAUGGCCCCUGUUCGACUUAGAAUAUGCUUAUUGUAAUGUUAAAGUUUUACUCAUUGCUUAUAUUAUACUAUCAAGCACUGAGAAUAGUCAAGCGCGCUGUCAACUGACAGCUCUUGUUUUUAGCUCACCAGAGCACAAAGUGCUCAAGGUGAGCUAUAAGGUGAGCUAUUGUGACGGGUAUGUCCGGCGUCCGUCGUCGUGCGUUGUGCGUCAUCCGUCAACAUUUGCCUUGUGAACACUCUAGAGACCACAUUUUUGACCCAAUCUUUAUGAAACUUGGUCAGAAUGUUUGUCUUGAUGAUCUCUAGGUCAAGUUUGAAACUGGGUCAUGUGGGGUCAAAAACUAGGUCAGUAGGUCAAAUCAUAGGAAAAGCUUGUAAACACUCUAGAGACCACAUUUUUGACCCAAUCUUUAUGAAACAUGAUCAGAAUGUUUGUCUUGAUGAUCUCUAGGUCAAGUUGGAAUCUGGGUCAUGUGGGGUCAAAAACUAGGUCACCAGGUCAGAUCAAAGGAAAAGCUUGUGAACACUCUAGAGACCACAUUUUUAACCCAAUCUUUAUGAAACAUGGUCAGAAUGUUUGUCUUGAUGAUCUCUAGAUCAAGUUCGAAACUGGGUCAUGUGGGGUCAAAAAUUAGGUCAGUAGGUCAGAUCAAUGGAAAAGCUUGUGAACACUCCAGAGACCACAUUUUUGACCUAAUCUUUAUGAAACUUGGUCAGAAUGUUUAACUUGAUGAUCUCUAGGUCAAGUUCGAGACUGGGUCAUGUUGGGUCAAAAACUAGGUCACCUGGUCAGAUCAUAGGAAAAGCUUGUGAACACUUUAGAGGCCACAUUUGUGACUCAGUCUUAAUGAAACUUGGUGAGAAUGUUUGUCUUCAUCAUUUCUAGGUCAAGUAUGAAUCUGGAUCAUGUGGGGUCAAAAACUAGGUCACUAGGCCAGAUCAAAGGAAAUUCUUUUCAACACUCUAGAGACCACAAUUUAAGUUUGAAACUCAUGGGAAUUAGUCAGAAUGUUUGUUUUGAUAAUCUAUAGGUCAAGUUCGAAUCUGGGUCAUAUGGGGUCAAAAACUAGGUCACCGGUCAAAUCAAAGGAAAAGCUUGUGAACACUCUAGAGGCCAGAGUUGUAACCAAACCUUUAUGAAAUUUAGUCAGAAUGUUUGUCUUGAUGAUCUUUAGGUCAAGUUCAACUCUUGGUCAUGCGGGGUCAAAAACUAGGUCAUUAGGCCAGAUCAACUCUGGUGAGUGAUGUAUAGGGCCAUCAUGGCCCUCUUGUUUAUAUUAGAUUAAGUAUGUUUUUGAAAUAAAGAUAUAUAUUUUAAACAGU